AUGGCUCGCGUCAAUGCGGCGCCAUCCAAAACAGGCAAUCGACGGAGACGCAAUGGAAUGCGGCACCCGGCCCUGAAUCUCGCCCUAUUGUCCGCCAUGCCCUUGCUUUCAACGGCCCAGACGGGUGGGCAAUGCGUUCCUCUGAAAGGUUCCAAGCGUUGCCCCGCCUUUGAUGGUGCUUCUGUCUCCACGGGCAAAUCUGUGCUCGAUACCUACCCGUUUCUACAAUACGUAUCCGAUGUUGAUUCCUUCGACACUCAACUGGACAGCUUCGUCAAGACAGGUUAUGUUCAAGCUCGAUUCGAGGGUCGAUUUGGAUGUGGCGGCGUCGAUCUACGCAACUCGAGCAACAUGUACGCCCGCUGGACCACAACUGUCAUCUGCAGCUCUAUGGUCCAAAUGUCUGUCGAUCCCUGCGGCCUGGCUGCCAGUGUCUCCAAGCCACUAUGCGCUGAUUCCUGCGCCGAGUUUGCUCAAAGCGAGGCCUACAUCACCUCUAACAGCAAUCUCUGCCGCAACCCCAGGCUUGACUUGACUGACCUAAUCCGAGCUGACUACACUGUUUGUGGCCUGCCCGUUAAAGCGCUCGCCGGCGACUGCAUCCCGGCCUCCCAGAACGAGGCCGAAAACUGCGGCUUCGGAUCCAGCACGCUUGGGCUCUGCGGCUACUGCGGCGCUGGUGGCACCAACUCUACUGACACCUGCUGCUACAACUCCAAGGCCGAAUCACGCUGUGAGGGCGUCAAGCUUCCAUCCAUCACAGCUUCUGUUCCCCUCACGUCUACUCCAACAUCCACGAGUUCCAACCCCACUGCGACUUCCCCUACCGGCGAGAACGGCAACGGUGCGCCCCAACAUGGCAAGGGCCUCAGCGGAGGAGCCAUUGCAGGCGUUGUUAUCGGAGCUCUUGCCGGUGUUGCUUUAUUAGCGCUGCUUCUGUUCUUCUGCGUGCGCUUAUUCCGACGACGCAGAGCUAACAGCAGCCAAGCGGGCAGCAUCUUCAACCAACCUUCUCCCGCAAGGAAGGUCACACCUGCCAUGGCACAGCAAUCUCAGAGCGCGCCUCAGGGAUAUGAAGUCCUUCCCGGUGGCCGUAUUGCGCGCAUGUCAGCCCUCGAAGGUCACUCCGGUGGCUCUCCGUCGCAGCACAACAAGAGUCUUUCUACAAAUGAAGGCGGGAAUCGCUCGGACAGCAGAAAAGUGGCAGACCAGUCCUCAUCCGACGAAUACGUUGACAGCCCCGAAUUCGAACAUCGUGACGCUGGAUUGCGACCACCACCCAUGACUUCUAGAAGACAUGGAUCGCUAUCGAGUGGCUCUGUCCUGGGCAGCGACGGUCAGAUGUCACCCCUUAGUGCGGGGUACUCUUCGCCGCGAGGCUUUGGCAGCCAGCAAUCGGAGCAGCUUCCAUUCUUCAAGGACUAUUACUCGCAAGACGACAUCCACCCCGGUGACAAGGUUGCUGUCUUGUGGGCGUACUCACCUCGCGCCGGUGAUGAAUUUUCUCUCGAGAGGGGCGAUAUGAUCAAAGUCGUGGGCAUUUGGGAUGAUGGCUGGGCCACUGGCCACAUGCAGGAGCAGCGAGCAGAGGAAUGGGAAGCGUCACGAGCUGCACAGAGAGAUAGUGGUGUCUCCAACUCGUCGAUACGUGAUGAUAGUCAGAGCCCACCUGUUCCAGCAGCACCCGAGCUGAAAGCCUUUCCCCUAGUGUGCGUUUGCUUGCCACAGCAUUGGCGCAAGACGAUCGAGGGAGAUGGGUCGACGGACCCUGGCUCCGCCGGAUCUCCUGCUGGCCAGGUGAGGUAA